AUGUACAUUGAUGAUUCUGAACGUCUUAGCAAAGCACUCAGUAUACCAUUUGAUCAAGUCCCCUAUUUUAAAAGUUGGAGAAUUUCCUUAAAAAGUCACUCGUUGAACCUGUCAGAAAAAAUUAUGUUCAAAUGUGCAAUAUCAAUUAGAUGUUGCUUUAGAAUUGUCACUGAAGGAAAUGAGAUAAAUCAAGCUUUAGUUAUUGACAAACUUAUCAAAGACCUGUUAGCAAUUUUAAGUGAAAAAUAUGAGAUUGUUAUGGCCCGAAAUUUGUCAGACCACAGAGAAGAAGCUUCAUCCAGACUUCUUGAUACUUAA